AGAUGUGUAUUAUCCCAAAGAGAUCACAGUAACUUGGAAUUUGGUCCUAAUCCAGAUUCAUAUAAUGCGUUUAAAACAAACUUGCAAAGAAAACUAAAUCACAUAUUUUCAUUACAUAGGAAUGGUUAAUUUAAAAUUGGUUAAUAUAUAAACGUUUAAAUGUAAAUUUUUGGCUUUGUUUUCUGUAUGUUGCUAAUAAAAUCACCGACGUCCCUUUUCGUGGAUAAUCGUGAUCUUUAAUUAAAUUAAAAUGUAAAAUAUAAACACUGACGAUUUUCAUAUUCAGCUGAGUCAAGUAUUUUGUUUGUGUUUUUAAAAUUAAAACUAUAAAGCAAAUAUUUAGAAAAAACAGAUAGAUAGUUGGUGAUUUGUGACUAAAAAUAAUAUCUUAGUUUGUGUUAUAUUGGUUGACCAAAAAAAUUCGUUGCAUUUUGUUUAGAUGUUGUGCCGCCUAAUAUUAUUCCACAACUUCAUGUAACUAUAGAAGGAAUCAACCAAUUAAAUGGCUGAUGAUGUGGACGAUAUUCCAUAUGCGUCUUUGACUCCUUGUCCAUAUAUUUUGUGUUAACUAAGAUCACGAAAUUAAUUAUCCUUUAAAAUAAUACGGUUAUAGUUUAAGAGAAUUGUCAAUAAUUAAAUUCCGUCUUGAUUAUAGAGUUGCGUGUUCUUCGAUCUAACUAAAAUGUAGUUUACCAGUUUUGGUCAAACAAAAUUAAAGAAGGCUUAAUUAGUCAUUUACAUUAGGCAUACACUACUUGUAGUAUGAUAUAGCAAUCAAAUCUCUCCCGACAUAAAAAAAAUACGACAAAAGAAAAUACGUAGAUUCCGAGAGUCAUAAAUGUAUUUUGCAGAACACAUUAAUUAUGAGUCGGAAUGGGUAAGAGUAAUAAACAACUUAAUUAUGUAUUAAAGAUUUAUUAUUCGAUUAGAUUUUUUUUAAUUUUAAAAUUAGAAGAUGUAAAAAUAGAAAAUCGAGUGGACAGAAAAUGGAUUCAAUCUGUCUAUCUAUCCACAUAUCCGUUAGAUUCCAGAGCAUUGACUUUUACUGAAACCUUUCGCUGGAGAAAAGAAAAGUUUCUUCUUUAGAGAUAGAGAGAAGGAAACAAAACAAAUCUGACAACUAAGAAAAUUCUCAACCUUUCUUUUAUUUCUCUCUGACGCGUUCUUCCUUCUCAUCUCUUUCCCAGAAAGUUAUCAUUAACCCCUUUUUUCACUUUUCUUCCUUUCCUCUCCUCUGACUUUUUUUUCUCUCGUAACUAUAGUUUUCAAUUAGAUUCGAUCUGAGACGGAAUCAACAACUAAAACCCCGCCGGAAUCCAUGGCUACGGCAGCGAUAUUCUCAUCUCUACGACGGAGGAGAUCGCCGUCGCUGGAAGCCUUUCUAUCCCCCGUUGACCUCUCCGGCCUCCCUCUCGUUCAAACCCUAGCCGCAAUCUCAACGGAAAUCAUCUCUUCCUUCAGCGGCACGCGGUUCUCGUUCCAACGAAGAAACGCUCGCUCGCUGAUUCGCAAGAUCGAGAUCUUCCUCGUGUUAUUCGAAUCCCUAGCAGAAUCACGCUGGGGCUCAACCCCUUCCUCUUCCUCGUCUUCGUCUUCCACAGCGUUGCUAUGUCUCAAGGAGCUCUACCUCCUCCUCUACAGAUCCAAGAUCCUCCUCGAUUACGGCGCCCAUUCCAGUAAGUUAUGGCUGUUACUCCAAACUCAAUCCAUCUCCGGCUACUUCCACGAUCUGAACCAAGAGAUCUCGACGCUUCUCGACGUCUUCCCGGUCAACGAUCUAAGCCUCAGCGACGACGUAAGAGAGCAAAUCGAGCUGCUCCAGAGCCAAUCGAGGAGAUCGAGAUUGUACAUCGAUAGCAACGACGAGUCGUUACGCAGAACAUUCUACUCGUUCCUCGACGGAUUCGAGAACGGAGAGAUACCUAACUCCAUCGCUCUCAGAUCGUUCUUCGCUGAGAAGCUACAGAUUAAAGAUUCGAAAUCUUGCGGAAACGAGAUCGAGUUCUUGGAGGAACAGAUCGCGAAUCACGACGGAGAUGUUGAGCCUACUGGCUCCGUGAUCAACGGGUUUGUAGCUAUCACACGGUACUGUAGAUUCUUGUUGUUUGGAUUCGAAGAAGAGUGGAGAAUCAAGAAUAAUAAUCCCAAGAAGAAGAAGAGCAAAAGAGACGGAAACGACGGAUUCAUAACAGUUCCUAAGGAUUUCGUUUGUCCGAUCUCUCUAGAUUUGAUGAGUGAUCCUGUGAUUAUAUCCACAGGGCAGACUUAUGACCGUACCUCCAUAGCUAGGUGGAUCGAAGAAGGGCACUGCACUUGUCCCAAGACGGGGCAAAUGCUUGUGGACUCUCGGAUUGUACCUAAUCGAGCUUUGAAGAAUUUGAUCGUGCAGUGGUGCGCAGCGAGUGGGGUGUCUUAUGAGUCUGAGUUUAUUACGGAUUCGCAAACAAACGAGGGGUUUGUGUCUGGUCUUCCGACAAAAGCUGCGGUUGAAGCGAACAAAGCUACUGUUUCUAUACUUAUUGAGUAUUUGGCAGAUGGGUCUGAAGCGGCUCAGACUGUUGCGGCGCGGGAGAUUCGUCUUUUGGCGAAAACCGGGAAGGAGAAUAGAGAGUUUAUCGCGGAGGCGGGGGCGAUACCGCACUUGCGGAGGCUUCUCAAGUCGGAGAAUGCAGUCGCGCAGGAGAACUCUGUGACGGCGAUGCUGAACUUAUCGAUAUAUGAGAAGAACAAGAGUCGGAUCAUGGAGGAGGACGAUUGUUUGGAGGCUAUAGUAAGCGUUCUUGUGUCUGGUCUCACAGUGGAGGCGCAGGAGAACGCAGCCGCCACGUUGUUUAGUCUCUCCGCGGUGCACGAGUAUAAGAAACGGAUAGCAAUGGCUGAUCAGUGCGUUGAGGCGUUGGCUUCCUUGCUUCAGAACGGAACACCGAGAGGGAAGAAAGACGCGGUGACGGCUUUGUAUAACUUAUCGACGCAUCCUGAGAACUGCAGUAGAAUGAUCGAAGGAGGAGGAGUGUCGAGUCUCGUCGGAGCUCUGAAGAACGAAGGAGUGGCGGAGGAAGCAGCAGGAGCUUUGGCUUUGUUGGUGAGACAGUCUCUUGGAGCUGAGGCUAUAGGGAAAGAGGAGUCCGCUGUGACGGGGCUCAUGGGGAUGAUGAGAUGCGGGACGCCGAGAGGGAAAGAAAACGCGGUGGCUGCGUUGCUUGAACUAUGUAGAAGAGGUGGAGCCGCUGUGGCGGAGAGAGUGUUGAGAGCACCUGCGAUUGCGGGAGUGCUGCAGACGCUUUUGUUUACGGGGACGAAGCGGGCUAGACGGAAAGCUGCUUCGCUUGCUCGGGUUUUCCAGAGGCGUGAGCAUGCAGCGAUGCGGGCAGGUGGUUAUGGGUUUGUAGGGGAUGUGAACGGGAAUAGAGACGGCGGUAAUUUUACGACGGAUGUCUCUGUUCCGAUGUCGAUCUCCAUCUCAGUACCUGUAUUGUGAUCUAUGUUUAGUUAAAAGGUUACGAGAUAAAACUCCAAAGAGGGGAACUUUCUUUUGUCGGUGGUUGGUGGUGUUUGUCAAUAUUAUACAUUUAUUGGUUGGGAGGUAUAAUACGAAGUGAAAUUUAAGAGAUGAUAUGUAUGUUUAUCUUUCAGGAGAACAAAACCUGAAAAAGAGAGCGAGAACAAAAAGAGUUUAGUGUUAUGAUCUUUGUGUGUAUUGUAUUUGUUAUGUAAGCUUAUGAGACCUAUUGCAUUGUGAUGGUAAACUAAUAAGGAAGGAAAUUGCGUUUUGUUA